AUGGAGUAGUUUUAUCUUAAUCCAGUUAUCAAUUUAAAAUUGGUUUAAUUUUUGUCUAGGGUAGUUAGAUCGUUAGUUUUAGAAAUGUAACAAGAAUAGUAAAUAAAUAAAUAGUUUCAAUGAUUGUGUAUAGUGGCUGAAACAAUUUAACUGAGUAUUUUCAGGCAAACAUCUGUAUAGAUUUUUUAUGUAGUUAUAACCGAGAUAUAAUUGGAAUGUGAUGACUCAACAUUGUGAUAACACUAUGUCUGGAGUAAUACUUUUGACCUUAGUAAUUUUGACCAUAGGCUUUUCAAAAAAUGUUGCUUUUACUCCUAUUUUACUUCAGUUAGAAACAAAUGUAAAUAAUACUUUACAAAUAAACAAUACAAUAGAGUAUAUCUUGCAAUUUAACAUUACCGAUUUUCAAGAACCUCCCAGGAUAUGGAUUCAAAGUGAAGAUGCCAAUAUUACGUCGCCACUUAUGAUAGUGGCGAGGCAGCCAAAAGAAGUACUGUCAUGGCAGUUGCCACUAUUUGUCGAAGGCGACCUAGGAGACGUUAAGUUUAUGACAACUGCUAGAAUUUUAUGUUACGAUAUACUUAAAAACAGAAGACUAUCAGGGAAAACAAAUAUACAGUCUGAACAACUGUUCUUAACUAUAUCCACAGUUUCGAGUGUCAAUGCAAGCUUUACUGUUAAUGUUAAAAAUCAAGAGUUUUUCCAGAUUAAACCAUCAGUAAUGUACAAUUUUAGUAUAUCCCCGAGUGAGCCCAGUUACUUUUUCUAUAACUUUUCAACGAAUUUAACGUUUGCCGCAAAGGAUUCAAAUUACGAAACUGUUAUCUUGGAGGUAGAGUCCAAGGACGAUAUCUGUAUGACUGUCAGCAUUCAGAACGUCAGUUGUCCAGUAUUUGAUACAGACCAAGACGUUACGUUUAGGGGUUUCUAUGAGACUGUUAAUAGAAGAGGCGGAAUUACUAUAUCUAAAAACAACUUUCCCUACGGCUUUUAUGUAGUUUUUGUGGCGAAAUCAGAUGACUACGAUUGUACAAAAGCUAGGGUGCUAACGUCAUCUGAUUCUCCGAGAGUUAAAGAUAUUUCCUUGAUCAUUAAACCGAGUAUAGCGUAUAGAGAUUACGUCAAUGCCGUAAUUUUCACUCUGUGUGCUAUAGGUGCAUUCUACAUAAUAUUUGGGUUUCUCUUCUUCUUUUGUUCCAUAAAAAAAAGUCAGCCUCGACAUAUGGAUUAUAUACAGGAAAAUGAUAUGCAAGCACAUAGUUCAAGGAUUGUCAGAACUUCUGCGACAGAUCAAGGGACAGAAAUGACAAAUAUAGGUACCGAAGCAGCAUUGGAUAGUAUCUCUGUCGACGAAACCGAAUAUGAUAUAGUUGACGAGAUCGAACACGUCAAAGAAAUAAGGCUCUGCCGUGGUUAUCCCUAUUUAACUGACUUGGCCAGGAAGGAUCCGAGAGUGUUGAAACAGAAGUCCUACCUGUAUCUUUAUAACGUACUAACUAUAGCAAUAUUUUAUGGGCUUCCGGUGGUACAGCUAGUGAUUGCCUAUCAGCGGAUUUUAAACGAAACCGGGCAGCAGGAUUUGUGUUAUUACAAUUUCCUGUGCGCUCACCCCCUGGGGCUCCUCAGCGACUUUAACCACAUAUUUUCUAAUAUCGGUUACAUCUUGUUGGGUGUACUGUUUGUUAUCAUAACAUAUAAUAGGGAGCUGACGCAUAGAGACAUUAAUUUUGACAGACAUUACGGUAUACCGCAACAUUACGGAAUGUUUUACGCCAUGGGCGUGGCCCUUAUUAUGGAAGGCGUUUUAAGUGGGAGUUAUCACGUUUGCCCCAGUCAAUCCAAUUUCCAAUUUGAUUCGAGUUUCAUGUACGUAAUGGCAGUAUUAUGUAUGGUAAAAUUAUACCAAAAUAGACAUCCGGAUAUAAACGCCUCGGCGUAUGCUACUUUCGGAGUCCUCGCAAUUGCCAUAUUACUAGGUAUGAUUGGAAUUUUUGAGGGGAAUACGGUGUUUUGGAGUUUCUUUAUUGUUAUUUACAUUUUGACGUGCUUGUAUCUCAGUAUAAAAAUAUACUACAUGGGAUGUUGGAGCAUAAGCAAAUCUUCCGUGAGACACAUAUAUCACAUAAUCAUAAGUGACUUCUGGUCUGGACCUUUAAAUGUGUUAAAACCCUGUUAUCUAGCUCGUUUUGUUCUUCUUUCGCUGGGAAAUGUUUGCAAUUGGGGUCUAGCGUUCUUUGCAAUAUAUAAACACCCAAAAAAUUUCCCCGUCUUCCUCCUAACAAUAUUCAUGGCAAACACGUUGCUGUACUUUUUCUUUUACAUUGUGAUGAAGUAUUUGAAUAAAGAAAGAGUAAGGAUUCUAACUUGGAUCUUCUUAGUAAUGUCUACAUUGUGUGCUAUAGCUGCGCUGUAUUUCUUCACGUUCAAGGUUAUUUCUUGGUCGAAAACACCGGCCGAGUCUCGUCAAUUCAAUAGAGAGUGUUUGUUGCUUCGAUUCUAUGAUUCGCACGACAUAUGGCACUUCCUAAGUGCCACCGGGAUGUUUUUUACGUUUAUGGUGCUACUGACAUUGGACGAUGAUCUGUCUCAUACGCAUCAUUCGAAAAUUCCCGUUUUCUAAGUAUUUUUCUAUGAGUGAUAUUCAACUUUUGCACAGAGUUGGGAGUAUUUUAUUUUGGUACGAGCUUGUACAUUGAAUUAUAUAAGAGUGUUUAUUAAAUUUUGUAUAAAAUUA